AUGCAAAUCAGUACACUUCUAGUAUUCGGUCUUCUGGGUACCAUAUUAUUUGCUUUGUCGAUCGAUGGAAAGCGUAUGUUUGCCGAUAGUGACGACGACGAAGCAGCACUGGCUGAACUUAAGGCUCGUAUGAUGGCAGCUGAAGAUGACAGUGACAGUGACAGUGACAGUGAUGAUGACUCACAUCAACGACGUGCCAGUACAAAUGGCUGUGUCAGUUGUGCAUUUAAAGUGUUCGAUUGUUGUGCACCUAAUGUAUGCGUCAAACGAUUUCUCAUACCCAAUAAAUGUAUGAGAAUCAAGGCCUAA